UCCUCCUGACCAGCCUCCUUCUGCAGCCAGUCACGAAUUUCUUGAAAGGAUAAUCUCCGCCCAGCUGCCAUGUUCUGUGACGCUGCUGCUCUCACAGCAAGUUCAGGCUGCAGUUCCUCCACACGGCUCGCCGAACGAAGAGAUUUGCACAGACAACCAAUGUCAAGAGAAGACAAGGAAGCGCAGGAGGAUGAACUGCUAGCACUCGCUAGUAUAUACUCUGAAGAUGAAUUCAAGAGAUCGGAGACUGCGCCAGGAGGGGAAAUAUGUGUCUGUCUAGAUCUUCCUCCAAACUUUAGCGUAGCCAUAAAAGGUGACUGUGCAUCUAAUGAAUACAUGGGAAGCUUUGAGGAUAUUGUCUCUUUCCUACCUCCUAUCAUACUGGACUUUGAACUGCCUCCAGGAUACCCAUCCACUGACCCUCCAGCCUUCAAACUUAGCUGCAAGUGGCUUUCUCCAAGUCAGCUUGCCCUGCUGUGUCAGCGCUUGGAAAACCUAUGGGAGGAAUACGCAGGAGGAGUUGUUUUGUUUGCUUGGAUGCAGUUUCUCAAGGAGGGGACUCUGGAGUACUUAAAGAUUAACUCACCAUAUGAAAUACAACUUUGUGAGUUUGGACCAAAGUGCAUAAGGAAUAACUCGGGGAUAUCUGAUUCCUGUAGUGCCACAGGCCCAGCAGAAGCAGUGAUUUGGGACAAAAGGGCUAUCCAGGAUGUGGAAUCUGUCGCUGCCCUUAUUGACUGCAUCUUGGACUUUAAUGAGGCUCAGCAGAAGAAGUGCUUUGAUAGCAAAUGGUAUAUGUGCAACAUUUGCUUCUCAGAAAAGGUGGGCAGCGAGUGCACUCACUUUAAGAAGUGUGAGCAUAUCUACUGCAACGCCUGCCUUAAGGAUUAUUAUACAGUUCAGAUACAGGAUGGGCAGGUCCAGGCUCUUAACUGUCCUGAGCCAAAGUGCUCUUCUGUUGCUACACCUGCACAGGUGAAGUUGCUGGUUGGGGAAGAAUUGUUCAGCCGCUAUGACCGUCUCCUGCUGCAGUCCAGCCUGGAUCUGAUGGCAGAUGUGGUCUACUGCCCACUUCUAAACUGCCAAACUCCAGUCAUGCUGGAGCCUGGGGGCACGAUGGGUAUUUGUUCCAACUGCAAUUACGCUUUCUGUACCCUCUGUAAAAUGGUCUACCAUGGUGUUGCAGGAUGUAAUAUAACAACAGAAAAGCUGGUUGAGGAAGACUUGGAGGAGGACCAGGAUGAGAAGCUGUUUGAGGAAGACCUAGAGGAGGACCAGGAUGAAAAGCUGGUUGAGGAAGACUUGGAGGAGGACCACGAUGUGUUCACCCCAGAAAAGCUAAUUUUAGUGCGUGAGGAAUACCUGGAGGCAGAUGCGGCUGGUAAGAAGUUACUGGAGAAGCGCUAUGGCAAGCAUAAGAUACUAAAAGCAGUGGAAAGAAAAUCUACUGAAUGGCUGGAGACAAAUACCCAGCAGUGCCCAAACUGCAAUGCCAGUAUCCAGAAAGAUGGCGGCUGCAACAAGAUGAUUUGUAGAAAAUGUAACAAAGACUUCUGUUGGCUGUGCUUUGCUGUACUGUCCACAGAAAACCCGUACGAUCAUUUCAAAGAUAUUUCAUCAGGCUGCUUCAAUCAGAUGUGAAAAGAAGAUAGGGCAGAGCCCGAAACAUGAACACUAACCAUCAGUGCAUAGGAGGAUGCGCUGUUAUUGGCACAUUGUUAAAGAGUGUUUUCCCUUAAACGGACACAAACAAUAUGAUGAGAGAAAUGCAGAAAAGUACCCUUAUACCUCAGUGCCUGUUUAGUGGAAAAUAAAUGGCAAAUAAACCACAGCCCUUUUAUAUAUAAAUAUGGUGAAUGAUGAAUGUUAGUGACAAUAUCAUAUUGUUUUAUUUGCUCCAUUCACUACAAAUAAUUCAGCAGAAGCUUAGAAAAAGCAACAUGUUUGAUAACAUUUAUCCCAAGCAAGAUGGGGACAUGCACUGAAGGCAAGUCUAGCCUAUAGGAGAUGUUAAACUAAUCAUGGAGUCAAUAUACCUUGCCAACAACCUAGUGUCAGUUGUAGAGUCUUUUGGAAAACUAGUUCUAGUUGAAAGUGAGCUAAUUACACAUUUACAUAAAAAGUAGGAGCAGUAUCACAGUUGGGGGUUCCCAUUGUAGUGUAGAGCAUUCUGAUCAGCAUACUGGUAUGUAGAGCCAGGGGAGUGGAUCCACAUGUGGGGGCAUCAUUAUAAGGCCACAGUGCAGUGCUCAAUGGAAGCCUUGGCGGAACCUCCUCAUUUUUUAUGACCACAACCACAAUGGUCACAGUUGCCCAAGCAUUUAAAGACCCUUAAGCGUUUGCAAAAGGUGCAACCCGUACGGUCCCUUUGGAUGUCACUGUGGGGAAAUGGGUCUAUUCAACAUUUUAAUGUGUUACCAGGUACUAACUGUUGGGCCACCCAGGAAAUCUAAAUUCUACAUGACAUAGCUGAAAAGGGGAUAUACAGCAGUUUCAGACCCUCAGAGAUAGUCACCACCUACCUCAGUCUAUGUUUUUCUGGUACCGGUAUCUUCAACUUUGGCAUGCCUUUAGAACUUAAUUUCCAACUAGGCCAAAUGAAGUAGUGGACUCUACCCUUGAUUCAUAUUUAUGAAUUGAGGACCUCAGCAAACCGAUGUCCUGGUUUUAUAUCAUCUUAUGGCCAAAUCAUGAGAAAAAUAGAUCGGAGAUAUACCGGAUCUUGAUAAGGAACUGUUGGUAGACAUUGAAAAGCAGGUUCCUGCUAUAACCAUGUCAGUCCGACACAGGUACAUACAAGUAAAGUUUCUUUAUCGAGUGUAUCUUACACUGUAUAGACUUUUGAAGUUGUACCCACUGACCUCUGAUCAGUUUGUAAAGUGUUGUCAAGAUGUGGGCUGUUACAGUCAUGUAUUCUAGGACUGUUCCCUCAUUCAAUGUUUCUAGGGAGAAGUGCUGUAAUAUACCUCCUAUACCCUGAAUGUUCUAUGUAACAAGUCCCCACUGGUAUGCUUACUGAUUAUGCCCCAUAACCUGGGACUUGAACUCCUCUAUAACGCUACAAAAUGCUAUAUUACUUUACUUGAAGUCUACAGCUCCUCCAUUUCUCAUCUUUUGGCAAUAAUUGGUGAAUUAUACCCUCCCAGUCAGUACUGACAUACCUGUCCCAGGGCUGCCCAAAGAUGUCUGAGGUGAUCUGGGGUCCAUGGCUGCAGUGCUUGACACCCCUGCUGACCCAAUGUGUAACAUUGAUGGAUAUGUCCUCUACUGGCUUUCGAUCUCACCAAGACAAGCUGAUGUCCUUCCUAGUUGACCAUCCAUGGGCAGGGCCAAAUCAUACUGAUAUGAUUGUUGGCCCCUGCAGGAGUACAGUGACACAUUGGGUGAGGACCUUAUGGUUGUGAUGAUGCAGUCCUUGCCUGUCGCAGGAAGGCAGGACCAAGCCCUCCAUACACGGGGGGCCAAAUUGGCAGCUUUUACUGGCCCAUAUGUACCCAGCUUUAUCUAUAAAUCUAAAUGACACACAUUUUCUAUUUCCUUCUGGAAAAUAAAUAAUCUGUACCCUGAUAUAUGGGGGGACCAUGA